AUGUCCAAAACAAUAUUAGCAUUGGGAACUAUAGCUUUAAUUGGAGCCCUUUUAAUGGCUAAUUAACCUUAAUCAGUUGAUUAUGUUUCUAAGUUUGAAACAUUUAAAUAGAAAUUUGGAAAGAGAUAUGGAGCAACAGAAUAAGCAUACAGAUUAGCUGUGUACACCUAAAACUUAUUAUAUGCUGAAGCUUAUAAUUUAUCAAAGGGAAAGAGAGUAUUUGGAGAAACUAUCUUUUUCGAUUUAACAUAAGAAGAAUUUGCAUAAAUAUAUCUAACAGCCAAAGUAACUGAGGAAGACUUGAAUGUGGAAAGAGUAUCUGCUAGAUCAAACAACCUUAAAGCAUCAAUUGAUUGGAGUACUUAAGGUGCUGUAACUCCAGUUAAAGAUUAAGGAUAAUGUGGUUCUUGUUGGACUUUCAGUACUACAGGUGUCUUAGAAAGUUUCUUUUAUCUUACAACAGGAGAAUUACCAGUGUUAUCAGAAUAACAAUUAUUAGAUUGUUCAACAAUUGUCGAUUUUAACUUAGGUUGCGAUGGUGGUUUACCUGCUAGAGCAUUGAACUAUGUUAAAAGAAAUGGUAUUACUACAGGUGCAGCUUAUCCAUAUGUAAUUAAUAUUUAUAAUUUAGACUGCUGUUUAAGGAUCAUGCAGAAUCAAGGGAGGUGCUUAUCAUAUUAAAGGAUCUUAAACUUUAGCAAAAGAUGAAUAAACAUUAGUGACAUAUUUAAAUAAAGGACCAGUUUCAGUAGGAGUAGAUGCCACUAAUUGGUAAUAUUAUGAUCCAAAGGUUGAAAGAGUAUUCAGUGAUUGUGAUACUAAAAUGAAUCAUGUAGUAUUAGCAGUUGGAUAUGAUGAAUAAGCAUUCAAGAUUAAGAAUUCUUGGUCAACUGAUUGGGGAGUCAAAGGUUAUAUCUUUUUGGCCAGAGGAUAAAAUACUUGUGGUAUCUAUGAUACAAAUGUUGUUCCAAUUUGA